UGUAUUAGUCUGGCAACAUCCAGAUUUGUAAUGUCAAAUUUUUAUUGUCGCAAAAAUUUCAGUCAUUAUUUUCGCAUUAUUAUUGGUGACAUCAAUUAAGUUUAUAAAGAUACAAAAUAAAUCAAUCAAAACUAUCCCGUGAAAGUUUACAGUGUAAGCCCGUUGUUUCGGCUAUACGUGCUAAAUUAUCAGUGUUAACGUGUGCAAAGGUCUGCAUAAAUGAAUAAUGUCGUUGAGGUCGAAGGCACUGGCACUAGUGGAGGUGCUGCUGAGGGUGCCGCCUCUGUUUGUGGUGGAUGAGUUCCUGAAGAUCAGCCUGGGGCUGCCGGUGUCGUCCGGCGAGGAGGGCUCGGUGCUGGCCAACAUCACAGUCGACGGCGUCGCCGUGGAUAUGAUGGACUCAGACGUGAAUUAUUACGACGCUAAUUUCUACAAUGCGUUAUUCUUCACAAUUGUAAAAUUCCUCGUGUGCUGUUUAGGAUGCAUGUCAGCACUGUGCAUAUUCGUUCUGUACACGAAACACCUAAUCAUCGUGUACCUCUACCUGACGUCUGUCGGCCUAGUCUUCGUGUCCUAUUGGACCAACGUGUCCGCCAUCAAACAGGUGCAGGCCUUAACACUAGUCGAAAAUUCACCUCACCAUUCCACCAGCAUAUUAGAAGACGUAUUAAAUUUAAACAUCAAAAAUCUCAUCGAUGUAGAUGGGCCAGGUAUACUGGUCAUACAAAAUUAUGCCAUACAGUUCCUGUUGGCUAUCAUAUUCAAGUAUGUCCAUCUCGGACCUCGCCAUCCGACGAUACAGAAGCUCCUACCCAUCAGCUUCAUGGCACCCUCCUUCCUAGCGAUGUUGCCAGUUCCUCCGAAUCUGCUGCAUCAUUCACCAGUGUUCUCGGCGCUGUUGCCACUCUUGCUGGUCAAGUACGUGCUGUGGUCGUCGGCGUACAACGUGGUACAGGUGGUGUACGCUGGCUACCAACAUGGCCGCCUGUUCGUCAGCAACUAUGGACUGUCGGCACUCGUCGAGACUGAGUGGAUGCGGUUGAAUGUACCGUGCGUGUUGCGGGUGUUCUGGGUACUACGAGUAGCGGAACACGCUCUCAUGCUCCUCGUCGAUAAUUAUGAUGAAGAAGCCGAAGAAGGCUUGAAAGUUUCCACGUUACUAGCGGUUCAAUCACUCGCUGCAAUGACCAAGUCUCUGCUAGUAACUGGAUGUGAAACGAUAACUGCUGUGCUCGGCAUGACUUCUGUGAUCUCAUUCUUUUGCCAUUAUAUUGGCAACUUCUUCCAAUGGAUUCUACUAACUGAUGAAGAGGAAGACAAAAGUAUAGGAACAGUGUCGGCAAUCCUGUUCUACAUACUCGCGCUACAGACAGGCUUAACAUCACUGAACCCUGAGAAGAGGUUUAUACGACUUUGUAGGAACUUUUGUUUAUUGUUUACUGCUCUCUUACACUUUUUGCACAACAUUGUUAAUCCUAUGCUGAUGUCUCUGAGUGCGUCGCAUAAUCCAAGUACACACAGACACAUUAGAGCUCUGGGAGUGUGUGCCUUCUUGAUAAUGUUUCCUAUCUCUCUGUUAGUGUACUUGUGGUCUCAGCACACUAUCUCCACAUGGCUGCUAGCUGUGAGCGCGUUCAGCAUAGAAGUGAUAGUGAAAGUCAUCGUCAGUCUAAUGAUAUACUCAUUGUUCUUAAUAGACGCGUAUCGAAGUACAUUCUGGGAGCAACUCGACGACUAUGUGUACUACAUAAGAGCGUUCGGGAACACUAUAGAAUUCUGUUUUGGAAUAUUUUUGUUCUUUAAUGGUGCGUGGAUAUUAUUGUUCGAGUCCGGAGGUGCUAUAAGGGCGGUGAUGAUGUGCAUACAUGCCUACUUUAACAUUUGGUGUGAGGCGAGAGCCGGCUGGUCCGUGUUCAUGAAGCGCCGCACUGCCGUCAAUAAGAUAAAUUCUCUGAGAGAAGCAUCACCGGACCAGUUAAACAGAUUAGACGAUGUAUGUGCAAUAUGCUAUCAGGAGAUGCACUCGGCGAAGAUCACUCGCUGCAACCACUACUUCCACGGAGUGUGCCUGCGGAAGUGGUUGUACGUACAGGACCGGUGUCCCCUGUGCCACGACAUACUGUACAAGAUAGAGACAGACGGCAACAAGGACAACGAGGGCAACGAGAACAACACCAACAACCAGAACCUGCUGCUCGAGGAGGACCCCGAGCUGCUACUGGGGGACCCAGUUAGAUGACUCGCGCGAGACUGAGAGUUGAGGACGCGUACCACUUAGAUUAAACUCGUAUCAGUUUGGAAACCGAAUAAUUUGAGUGGUAUUUUUUCGAUUUGUAUAGUAAGUUAUUGUUUUUUUUUUUUAUUAUAUUAAAUCAGAUCGAUAUACCUGUGAUUUAAGGUUUAAAUUUUGUCUUGUGAUGCAUGGUUUUUCUCAAUAUGCUGUGUGAGGUUAUUUAGUAUAAGCUUAGUGGUAACUCGAUGCUUACUUUUGUCGAUGUCUCCUAUAAUGUACACGUUCCAGACUUUCAAAUUGCAAGUACUCGAUAAAAUUCUAAUAUUGGAAAUGUGUUUGAAGAUAUUAGAGGAAAAACAUGAAGCUAUUUGUAAAUAGUUAAGGUAUUUAGAAAUAGCUUAUAAUAUUUGGAGGUUAACUUAAAUGAAAAAAUAUAAAAAUAGUAAUUUUUCCCAUAAUAAAAUGUAAAUAAACUAUUAUUUUAGUAGUAA